UCAGGGAAGUGUUUUGCAAUCACCUUCUUCAGAGAGUCACAGCAAUUAACGGCACCGGGUUUGAGGAACUGAGGGUGAAAGCAGCAUGUUGGCAAACGGGCUGAGCACGGCCAGAGCCCGAGGGAGCCGGAGGCCGCUGCUCACACCGGGAGAGGAGGAGGAGGAGAGGUAGAGAUGGAGGCAAGCAGGACAAGCUGCCCGCUCCGUUGCAGGUGAUGCCACAGCCGCGGAGGAGACCAUGGCGAGGCGUGGUGCCGGGACACCCUUCCUGCUGCGGCUCUCCCUGCUCCUGCUGCUCUGCCCCGCUGGGACUCUGGGCUGUGCUUCCGUGGCUGUGGACUCACCCGUUGUGGUGCUGGGCUCGACCGUCACAGCCUCCUGCACCAUCCGCAGCGAGCUGUGCCGCGGUUUGGAGCAGGGCAAGGUCCGGAUCUCCUGGAUGCUGGACAACGAGCCCAUGGCCGGGACCCAGCACCGGGGCCCAGGGAACACAGAAGUGUCCAACCUCACCCUGCCCCAGUUCAACCACACGCUGGCCAAGCUGUGGUGCUGGGUGGAGUGGAAUGGGACCAGGCAGCGCGUUGGCGUGGCUGAGAUCAGGGCGGGCUACCCUCCUGCAAAGCCCUUCAACCUCAGCUGCAUCCUGAACCUCAGCGACUACGGGCUGACGUGCCAGUGGGAGCCGGGAGCCGACAGCCACCUCCCCACCAGCUUUGCGCUGAAGUGUGCCAGGAGCAGAGCCCAGGCAGUGACGGGCUGCACCCCGCACGGCGGCCGCAGCCUCUGCACGGUGCCGCGGCGCCUGCUCCAACUCUACCGGCAAAUGGAGCUGUGGGUGGCUGCCAGCAACGCCCUGGGCACAGCCGAGUCCCAGCACCUCCACAUCGACCCCAUGGACGUGGCCAAGCUGGACCCUCCAGCCCUGCAGAGCAUCCACUCCAUCCCCUUCCAGACCGACUGCGUUGCCCUGAACUGGGAGGUGGCACAAAGCAACGCGCACAUGGAGCUGCAGUGUGAGCUGCGCUACCGGGCACCUGAGGACUCUGCCUGGGCUCUGGUCCCUGGCAUCGUGGGCCAGGCCGGCAGCACGCAGCGCUGCGGCUUCCUCUUCGGCACACAGUACCACUUCCAGAUGCGGUGUCGGCGCAGCUCCGCUCGGGGCUACUGGAGCGAGUGGAGCAUGGGCAGGAAUUACACCACCCAUGAGAAAGCCCCCACAGGGAGGCUGGACACGUGGUGGAGCACUCAGCUGGACGAGCCAGGCACGAGGAUGGAGGUGCAGCUGCGCUGGAAGGCGCCGCGGCAGCGGGAGGCGAACGGGCGAGUGCUGGGGUACCGCGUCACCCUGAGCCCCAGGAGGAGGGGCAGGGACGCCCGUGCUGUCUGCAAUACCACCCACACCCAGUGCAACUUCUCGGCGCCGGUGGGGACCAGGAGGGUUUAUCUCUCAGCCUACAACGCCGCCGGCGAGUCGGCUGCGACAGAGGUUGUGCUCCUGGAGAGGAAAGGUCAGCCCCUGGCCGGGCUCUGGGCUGUGCCAGGGGAUGAGCACAGCCUCCAGGUGCACUGGGAGGCACCACCAGCUCCAGCAGCUGCCUACGUGCUGGAGUGGCAGCGGGUGCCCUCGGAGCCUGGGCACUGCAGUGCCUGCUGGCAGAUGGAACAUGACGGGGCCACCACCACAGCCCUCAUCCAGGAUGGCAUUGAGCCUUUCCAGAGGUAUAACAUCUCGGUGUACCCCCUCUACAAGGACACCAUCGGGGUGCCCACCCACACCGCAGCCUACUCCAGGCAGAAGGCACCAUCCCAUGCCCCAAAGCUCCACCUGAAGAGCAUCAGCAAGUCCGAGGCCGAGCUGUGCUGGGACCCGGUGCCGGUUGAGAUGCAGAACGGCUUUAUCACCAGCUACACCAUCUUCUGGGCCAACAGCAGCGCAGAAGUGGCCAGUGCCACCGUGAAUCCCUCUCUCAGCACCUUUGUCAUCCAGGGGCUGAAGCCGUCGACGCUGUACAAAGUGCACAUCAUGGCAUCCACAGCUGCUGGUGGCACCAACGGCACCAGCCUGACCCUGGUGACCUCAGUGUUAGAUGACAUUGAAAUCCAGUUCCUCUUCCUGACCCUGGUGCUGAUCUUUAUUCUGCUCAUACUUUUGCUCAUCUGCUUCCAGAAGAACGGGCGGGUGAAGCAGCAGUUCUGGCCCAGCGUCCCCGACCCCGCCAACAGCAGCCUGGGCAAGUGGGUGCCGGCAGAGCUUCAGCAGCCUCCGCAGGUCCCCGGCGUGAGGGAGCCCGGUUCGGCCACUAUUUCUACCGUCACCGUGCUCGAAAGGGCGGCGGGGAAGCAGCCGUGUGCCUGGGGCAGGGAGCUGGCCGCCGAGCCCACCGGCCCCUUCCCCGCGCUGCCCUACGUGCGGCAGGACGGCCCGUGCCCGGGCGGCGGCACCGUGCAGUACGCGCGGGUGCUGGGCACGGGCUACAAGCGGCAGCAGCACGUCCCGCCCCGCCUCUACCUGCGCUCCAGCUCCACGCAGCCGCUGCUCCCGCAGCCCAGCCCCAGCCCCAGCCCCAAGCGCUACGAGAACCUCUGGUUCCCCGCGGCCGCCGCUCGCUCCUGCCCGCCCGACGGCGGCUGCCCCGAGGAGCCUCCCGCCACCUUCCCGCUGCUGCAGGGCGUCCGUGUCGGCGGCGCCGACGAGCUCCACGACUGCCGCGCGUUGUAGUGCCGGGGACCGGGCGGCGGUGCCGGACCCAGCGCCGGGGCUGCGCGGCGGUUUGGGGGGGCUCGGCUGCCCUCCGCCCGUGCUGUGCGCGGUCCCUCCCGCCCCUCCUCCCCCCUCCUGCAAUAAAGGGACGUGCUGAGAA